AUGAAUCCAGUCGCAGCACUUGACAGAGUAAACAGUUUACAACUGCAGCAGCAGCGGGCGGCGGCCAGCGAGGACUCUGAUCAUCGAGCCGCUGUUUGGCUGCUGCGUGCGGACGACUGGCAACGGUUCUCCUGGUCGUCGUCGACCACCCGACCCGAGCCGACCCGAUCCGACGCCGCCCUAUUCGACAAACCGACCAUCUACUACCGUACGCCACCCGUGACAGACAUGUUAGCAGUCACUUCGUCCAUCGGGCUUCACGGAUCUUUGCCCGUUGUCCUUCUAUCGAUAGACUGUCGCCAAAUCAAGGAGCACCAUCGAGGUUAA